AUGGCACCUAGGACUCCUCAAGACAGAUUAGGUACUGCUUCUACAUUACAAAUUCCAGAUUAUGAUCAAGAUGAUCUAUCUUCAACAAAUUCAAUAACUCCAUUAAAGAAAGAUGAUGAAACGACCAACAUAUAUCCAAAUCAAUUAAAUCAUGAAACAGAUUCAUCUGAAGGUUUAUCAAAUCAACAACCUUCUCAAAAGAAAUUAUCUUCAAAAAUAGGCACAUCUCAACUGAAUAAAUUAGUUUCUAUUUUAUCUACAGCUUCUCAUCAUCAACAACCUUCAAAUUUUCACAUAUCACCUGAAGAAUUAUCAAAUUUACAUGAUCCAAAAUCAUUAAAAUAUUUAUAUAAUAUAGGUGGAAUAGAUAAAUUGUACAAUAUGUUAGAUACAUCAAGCUCAGGUUUAGAUAACAAUUCUGAUUUUUUAUCGAGACAACAUUAUUUUGGAGCCAAUAAAUUACCUCGAAAAGUUCAAAAAUCUUUUCUUAAAUUAUGUUGGGAUGCAAUGAAAGAUAAAGUAUUAAUUAUAUUAUCAGUAGCUGCUAUUGUUUCAUUAGCCUUGGGGUUAUAUGAAACUUUUGGUACUCCAACACAUUAUGAUGAUGAAGGUAAAAAAUUACCAAAAGUAGAUUGGGUUGAGGGUGUUGCGAUUUUAGUUGCCAUUUGUAUUGUUGUUUUAGUUGGUGCAAUAAAUGAUUAUCAAAAAGAACGUCAAUUUGCAAAAUUAAAUGCUAAAAAAGAAGAUAGAGACAUUAUAGUAAUACGAAAUGGUGAUCAGAAAUUAAUUUCAAUUUAUGACUUACAAGUUGGUGAUAUAAUAAAUUUACAAACUGGUGAUGUUGUGCCUGCUGAUUCAAUAUUAAUUCAAGGUGAAGUAGAAUGUGAUGAAUCUGCAUUAACUGGAGAAUCAGAAACAAUCAAAAAAGUGCCAGUUGAUUAUGCCUUAAAAAAAUAUGAAGAAAACCUUCCAACUGAUGAAGAUAUAGGUUCAAGAAAAAUUAAAUUUAAAGAUCCUUAUUUAAUUUCAGGUUCAAAAAUUUUAUCAGGUUUAGGUAACGCUUUAGUUACUGCUAUUGGUAAGAAUUCAAUUCAUGGUAGAACAAUGUUGAGUCUUAACCAAGAAUCAGAAACUACUCCAAUGCAAGAAAGAUUAGAUAAUUUAGCUGAAGGUAUAAGUAAAUAUGGUUUCCUCGCAGCUAUAAUAUUAUUUAUUGUUUUAUUUAUUAGAUUUUGUGUUGAAAUUGCACCUGGUGGUUCGUUAAAUCAUAAACCUUCAGCAGAUAAGGGUAAAAGAUUUAUCGAUUUGGUUAUUACUGCAGUUACUAUUGUUGUUGUUGCAAUUCCUGAAGGUUUACCAUUGGCUGUUACAUUAGCAUUAGCAUUUGCAACUACAAGAAUGGCACAAAAUGGUAAUUUAGUUAGGGUAUUGAAAUCUUGUGAAACAAUGGGUAGUGCAACUGCUAUUUGUUCAGAUAAAACAGGUACAUUAACUGAAAAUAGAAUGAGAAUAGUGAAAGGUUUCCUUGGAUUAAAUAACGAGGGUGAAUUACUUGAAUUUGAUGAUGCAGUUGAGAAUAAAGACGAACCUACUUCAUUUGAUGUUUUAAAUGAAAUUACACCAGAAGAAAAAAUAUUUCUUGCAACAAAUAUAACUUUAAAUUCAACAGCAUUUGAAAAUGUAGAUUAUGAUGAAGAAUUGGCAAAAUUGGCAAAAACAAAACCAAAAAGGAAAUCAUUUUUAAAAAAAUUAUUAACUUCAAAUGAACCAGUCAAUUAUCAAGCAGCAAAUGAUGAACCAUAUUUGGGAAAUAAAACAGAAUCAGCAUUAUUAAUACUAGCAAAAAAUAAAAUGGGUUUAUUUGAUAAUAAAAGUUUAGAAUCAAUAAGGUCAGAUUCCAAAUCUGAAGUUUUACAAAUUAUUCCAUUUGAAAGUUCAAGAAAAUGGUCAGGUAUUGUAAUGAAAAUUGAAAAUGGAUAUAGAAUAUAUAUUAAAGGAGCAGCUGAAAUAAUUUUCAAAUCAUGUGGAUUCCAAUAUAAUUCUCAAGGUGAAUUAAUCAAAUUAGAUAGAACAAGAAGAGACAAUGUUUUAAAUAAAAUAGAUACUUAUGCAAAUCAUGCUUUAAGAACAAUAGCAUUAGGUCAUAAAGAUUAUAUUGGUGAAUCAUGGCCACCGUCAGACUUAAAAUUAGAUGAUAAUCCAAAAGAAGCAGAUCCAUUGAAAAUUAUUCCUUGUGAUGAAAAAUCGUUUAUACUUGAUGCAUUGGUAGGUAUACAAGAUCCAUUAAAAGAAGGUGUUGCUAAGGCGGUUUUACAAUGUAAACAUGCUGGAGUAAGUGUUCGUAUGGUUACUGGUGAUAAUUUAAACACAGCCAAAGCAAUUUCAAAAGAAUGUAACAUCUUAACAUCUGAAGAUUUGUCUAAUGAUUAUGCAUUCAUGGAAGGUCCUCAAUUUAGAAAAUUAUCAAUGUCAGAAAGAUUUAAAAUUGUUCCUCAAUUAAGAGUAUUAGCUAGAUCAUCACCUGAAGAUAAAAGAAUAUUAGUAGAUACAUUACGUAAACAAAGAGAAGUGGUUGCUGUUACUGGUGAUGGUACAAAUGAUGCACCAGCUUUGAAGUUAGCUGAUGUUGGUUUUUCAAUGGGUAUUUCAGGUACUGAAGUUGCUAGAGAAGCAAGUGAUAUUAUAUUAAUGACUGAUGAUUUUACAGACAUUGUACAAGCUAUUAAAUGGGGUAGAACAGUUGCAACAUCAAUUAAAAAAUUUAUUCAAUUUCAAUUAACUGUUAAUAUAACUGCUUGUGUUUUAACAUUUGUUUCAGCUGUCGCUUCAAGUGAAAAUCAAUCAGUAUUAACUGCUGUUCAAUUAUUAUGGGUUAAUUUAAUUAUGGAUACUUUAGCUGCAUUAGCUUUGGCAACAGAUAAACCAGAUGAGUCAUUUUUGAAUAGAAAACCAGCAGGAAGAUCAGCACCAUUAAUUUCAACAUCAAUGUGGAAAAUGAUAUUGGGUCAAUCAAUGACACAAUUGAUAAUUACGUUUAUACUUCACUUUGCAGGUAAACAAUUAUUCUACCCUGGUCAAUCAGAUAUUUCCGAUCAUCAACAAAAACAAUUGGAUGCAAUGACAUUUAAUACUUUUGUCUGGUUACAAUUUUGGAAAUUGUUUGUUACUAGAAAAUUAGAUGAAGCUGAUGAGAUCAAAUCAGUUAGAGGUAGAAUCACAAUGGAGAAUUUAAAUUUCUUUCAACAUUUAUUUAGAAAUUUAUAUUUUAUAACUAUUGCUUUGAUUAUUGGUGGUUGUCAAAUUUUAAUUAUGUUUGUUGGUGGUGCUGCAUUUUCAGUAGCUAAACAAACUCCAGGACAAUGGGCUACUGCUAUAUUAUGUGGUUUUAUUUCACUACCCGUUGGUUUGAUUAUUAGAAUUAUUCCAAAUUAUUGGGUUGAAAAGAUUUUCCCAACUCGUGCAUUUAAGAAGUUCAUUUAUAUUGUGGGGUUCGGUUGGUUAAAGAAGAAGAAGAAGCAUGAUAUUGAUUUGGAAAGUAUGCAUAGUACUGAUCGUAAAACUGUUGAUCAUAAAAAUAUAUAG